GCCACCGCUUCCGCCGGGCCAUGGGGCCGCGCGUGCCGCUGCGGCCGCUGCUGCUGCUGGUGCUGCUGGUGCUGCCGCGGGCGCUGCUGUGCGGAGCCGAGGAGGCCGCGCCCCCGUCGCCGCGCCCCGCGCAGGCCACGCUGUCGCCAACGCCCGCCGUGACGAACGGGAGCCAGCCGGGCUCGCCGCACAACAGCACGUACUCGCGGCCGCCGGGCUCGCCGGGCUCGGCGCUGCUGCGUUCCUUCUACGUGCUCACGGGCCUCAGCGGCCUGGCCGCGCUCUACUUCCUCAUCCGGGCGUUCAGGUUGAAGAAGCCGCAGAGGCGGAGGUAUGGCCUGCUGGCCAGCAGCGACGACCCCGCGGAGACGGCAUCGCUGGACAGCGACGAGGAGGUCGUUUUCGAGACGCGGAAUCUGAGAUGACGCUCCGGUCAGGGAGGCGGCGUUUCCAGAAGCCCCGGGGAGAGGACCAGCGAUGGACCCUGCUCCCAGUGUCUGGUGCACCCCUCUGACCCUCCUGCCGGCUUUGACACGGACUCCGAGAGCCUGUCUCGCUGGCGCCUCAGCCCGAAGCCGCCUCAACCCUUCGCCCAGACAGGACUGUGUCGGACGCUGGGUGGAAAUCAGAGGCCCCGGAGAACGGCGGGACUGUGACUGGUGCUGCUCCCCCUGCUCCGUGGGGAUGGGGCAGCCCCAGCGAACACUGGGUGGGUGGGUGGGGCGGCAGGGGGGACCUGUCUGGGGGCGUCUUCCUGCGGGGCUGGGGACAAUAAAGGCCGCUGUGGAUGUGUA